AUGAUGCUCAGCGGAUUCCUCGUUUUAUUUUCUCUAACCAACCUUGCUCUAUCCCUUCCAACGCAAGGCAUAAAGCCAGUGGCCCGAACCGUCUCCCAGGCUGCCGAGAACAUGGCAAGUGAUGCCAACGCAGUAUCUGACGCUCUCAACAAACUACCAACUCUAUCCACGCGAGAAGAUAUCCAAUCCGUUUCACAGGUAGCCAUCGACGCCGAAUCUGACGAGGAUACUCAUCGCACCAUUUUGGCCACGGCUGCCAGCUGCAAUGGCAGAGAAUCCAAUGAAAAGCUUCUUACCUACGGUCCGACAGUCCUACGAGAACUAAAGGCAAUGAACUCGGCUGGAACGCCCGAGGCCGUUAAACAGAGCAUACCUGUGAUUCAAAAUGUCAGAAACCCAAAUGUUCUUCCAAGUAUUACUCAAUUGUCCAACGCCGCCCUGGAAAACUCAGGUCUCCCCCCGACUCAAAAAGAUUUCCCGCCUACCGGAGUUGCCGCUUAA